AUUGUACUGAUCACAAUGCGUCCAAUUCUGAUCCUCUCUGCUCUGCAGGGCGCUGCACUUGCUAUAAAGGACGAAACGCAUACUAAAGUGUACUGCAAAACGAAAAUGUGGAGUACGGAGGGUCCUGUAUACACUAUCACCACUACCACGAAAGUCAAAGUGACCGGGACCCUGCCGCGUUGCCGAUCUAAACCAGCGACCUGCAAGAUCACCCCGGAUCCUGUCACUACCACUGUUAUUGCUAGGUCUAUCUACCCCUCUUUGGUUACUGCUCCCCAAAAGAUUGAUACACUCACAAUCACAAAGACUCGUGAGUAAGAUGUGGUCACUACUUUUAUAUGUCAUCGUCUAAGGGCCCCACAGGAACCGACACCGUUAUGAUGACUGCCACUGUCAUGAAAACUGGCACGAGGCUUGUUACCAGUACUACAACCAUUCUGUCAACUGUAACAGUCCCAACAAUCUCUGGAUUCACACCUCUUGCCUCGGCAUCUGAUUAUGUUUCUCGAAAGCGAAGUCUAUCCAAACGAGCCCUGCAUA